AUGAAUAAUUGGCAGCAUUCCUCGUCUCAUUCUCUUGACCUUAUUCAACAUUUAAAGAAACCCUACUUCAGGUAUGACGACAAAGGCAAGGAUGCAACAAGGACAGUGUUCGAUUCGCGUGCUAAUUUGAUAUGGAUUGGAGAUAGUUAUGGCAGAAUCUCGUCGUAUGAUACAAAUCUCUCGUUGUAUACACGUCAUGCUGCUCAUAUUGGAGGUAUGCCAGUCAAAGAUCUACUCUGUCAUAGAGAAGGUAUCUUAUCACUUAGUGAUGAUACGCUACAUUUUGCAAACCGUAGAGGUAUAACGUUACUUAAUCUCACAAGUGUGGAUAUCGCUUCAUUUAGCUCACUAAAUGCAAUGUCCUUUGGAUCGGCUGAACAAAAGGAUGAGGUCUACUGUGCAGGAGACGAUUUAAAUUCAGGGAUAGUCACUGUAGAUCUAAAUAAAGGAUGCCUAAGCUCUAUAACAACGUACUCCUCCAAGGUCAAAUUAAUGCGCUCAAAUAAUAGACUCAUAUCGAUUGGAAAGCAAUCCGGAGGUGUUGAUAUCUUGGAUCCGAAUUCAAAUACAGUCGUGAAAUCUUUUUCAGCGCAUUCUGGAGCUAUAUCCGACAUGGAUUCGAGAGGCUACACUUUGGUGACGGUGGGGAAGUCAAGAAGGUUUAGUAGUAUGUACGCAGAUCCUUUUGUCAAUGUUUUCGAUCUAAGGAACAUGCAGCAACUGCCGCCAGUCUCUUUUUCCAAAGGAACAAUUAUGGGAGCAGGAGGAGCUGACUUUGUGCAAUUGCUUCCAUUGCUUCCAACAGUGAUGGUGGUAGCAUCAGAAUCAGGAGCUUUUGACUUUGUCGAUUUAGUAAACACCACAGUGAGAACUCAAUAUCUUCAUCCUAGUCAAUCUAUUAAAGAAGUUACUUUGUCGCCCAGUGGAGACUUUCUUGCAUUUGUUGGAAACGAUAAUAUUCUGACCACUUGGACUAGAUCCGAGGGUGCAGGAAAUUUCACAAACACUCCUGAAAUAUGGGAAUACCCAGAUUAUGCUGACGAUGGUCCGAUUGGAAAUGGUAUACCGAUAGAUGGUUUCGCUUAUCCUCUUAGUAGUGUGGGCCUACCUUACUACAAUGAAAAAUUAUUAUCCGCUUGGUACAAUACAAUUUUUAGAAGUUCUGGUACUGUACCUCACAAUAUAGACGGUGCUCUGCCAGUUUCAGCAAAAACCAAAGACAAGUCAGCAUUGUCGCUUACUUCUGAAAAGACAUCCCGAGACAUUACUAUUUACCGUUAUGACAAGCUCAAAUACGGGCCCAGGAACUCUUUGGAACCAUAUAUGUCGCUUAAGGACCUGCGAAAGAAGGCAGCAUCAGGGCAGGUUCCAGAAGAUAUAUUAAGAUUUAAAAGUUCGAAAGAGGGCGAAAUUCCUCCUGCAUACGGAAAAUUGCAAUUGAGUCAUGGUCGCUAUGGCACGGAUACUUUUGAUUUCGAUGCUUUCAACAAGACUCCAUUCUCCACUCUAGAUACUGACGGAGAAAAUGUGUAUACAAAUGCAAUAUUACAACUCUAUCGUUUCGUUCCUGAGCUUUUCAAUCUAGUUGUCGGUUGCCUUAAAAAUGAAAAUUUUGGGAUAGAUUCUCUUUUAACCGAAUUAGGAUACUUAUACGAUAUGAUGAACAGAUCCCAAAGGGCCAUCUGCCGUGCUACUAACUUUCAAACGACUUUCAAUGCGAAAACUGUUGCAAAGGAAUUAGGACUCGGGACGAAUUCACUUGAUUGUACUAAUAGCUUUGAAAAAAUGCAUCUAUAUAGGAAGACAACAUCAAAUACAGAUAAGCUCCAAAAAUCACUACUUCAAAAAUUUAAUGAAUUUCUACUUGAGAGCCUGAUUACUGAUGAGAGGGCAAACGAAUCCGAAAAAGCUUCUUUCAAAGAGCUCUUCGGUUUACAUCUAGAUUCUGUCGUGCGGUCGAAUUGUAACCGCUAUGAGAAGAUCUCAAAUGUUGUUUCAACCCUGACCGUUUUAUCCCCUGCUAGAAACGGCUUCAAGUAUUACGGGAAGAAAACGGGGAACUCCACAAUUUUGCCCUUUAUCGAAUCCUCCAUGAAAAGAGUUAAAUAUAUUGCCAGACCACCUGAGAAAGGUGUUAAACAAGAAAUAGUUGGCUAUGAAAGAACAAUACGAAACCUUCCACCCAUAUUAUCAUUGGAUGUUCUUCUGUCCAAUCAAGAGUGGACUAUCGUAAAGGCAGGUAAGAACUGGUUGUCAAAAGAGUUUUUUGCAGCUAUCUCGAAGGAUAAGCCUAUUUUAAUGACUAACCUAUCCGAAUAUAGUGGAAGAGAGCCCACCUUCAAAUACGAGCUGAAUGGAUACGUUGCGAGAGUAGAUGAUACCGACGGCGAGUCACGAUAUGUGACUUACGUUAGGUGCCUUGACAAGGCCUCCCGCGACUUCAAGUGGUACCUUUUUAAUGGUUAUCUAGCGAUAGAGGUACCAGAAGAUGAGGCUCUUGAUAUAUCACCCUGGUGGAAAACUCCGGAAACAAUUAUAUAUUGCGAUGCUGAAGAAAUGAGAAAACCGUUUUUUCCUGUGGAUACGUAUCGUAUCAACUAUGAUAUUCUAUAUCGCGAUCAUUUUGCAAAUGGAAUUAGGGAAACUACAAAGCUACAGUAUAAGUUACUGAGUAAAGAAGAAGCACCGCAGCCAGGAACCCUGGUAGCCAUUGAUGCCGAGUUUGUUAUAUUGAGUGAUGAGCUUUGUGACAUUGACUGUAACGGGAACCGAAAAAUAAUCAAGCCAAAGCAAACAGCGUUGGCUCGACUCUCCGCUAUUAGAUGCGAAGAUAACGAGUUUUUUGGUGUUCCCUUCAUUGAUGAUUAUAUCUUCAAUAAUGAACAUAUCGAAGAUUAUGUCACAAAAUAUAGUGGGAUAUAUCCGGGAGAUUUGGAUCUUAAAAAAAGCACAAGGCCGCUAGUCUCGAGAGAAGUCACUUAUAGAAAGGUCUGGCUGCUUUUACAGCUGGGCUGCGUAUUCGUUGGUCAUGGACUCAACAAUGAUUUCAAAAACAUUAAUAUCAAUGUCCCUCAAAACCAAAUUAGAGAUACUGCAAUAUAUUUUUUAAGAGGUAAACGAUAUUUAUCGUUGAGAUAUCUCGCAUUUGCUCUUUUGGAUAGGAAUAUACAAGGCGGUAAUCAUGAUUCAAUCGAAGACGCUUACACCGCAUUGAUUCUAUACAAAAAGUACUUGAAUCUCAAAGAGAACGGUACCCUCGAACAUGUUUUGGAUACUAUAUAUGCAGAGGGUCGUUCUUCAAACUAUAGAGUACCUCUAUGA